AUGCAUCGCCUUACAAAACUUUCAGCAACGUUUUUGGGCAGGAGAAGUGAGAUCCCAGAGGGAAUUGGUUUGACUCAAGUACAGGUUAAAACUGUUUCGGCAGAGGACAGUCAAAAAAGCAAAAACUCUGUCUCAGUCCAUCCAGAAGUCGAGGACGUGUCUCCACCAGAAGAAUCAAAAACAGUUCUUUGUAAACGGCCGACAACUUUGCCGAUCUCGAGUGAUAAUGAGGCCGGUGGUCUGGACAAAAAAACGGACGAUGAAUGGUAUGAAGUCACCGGCAUCUCUUCACCGCACUUCCCAGUAAAUCCUGGUGCUGUUACUGAGAAAGCUAUAAAUGGUGGCGGAGGGACGACUAUUCGAAAGCGCACAACCAGCGGCGAGGCUUAUUUGUCGCCCAUUUUGCGAUCUGAGUCGGCAGCGGAAAUUGAAGUUAUGGAGCAUUCAUUGAUUUCUCUCCUUGAAAAUUUUCGAUCGGGGAGGAUGAAAGCUUUGUCGGAAGAGCAGCUUGAAAAAAUGAGAAACGCUAGGAAAGAAAUGGAGGAACUUUCCGUGGCACAUGUUAAACUAUAUCGUAUGCAGCUAACGACACCUCCUUCACUAAAUUCUUUCGCUGUUCUAAAUGACGAAUACGAUGCUCUCUUUAGGAAGCUUGAUAAUUUUUAUGAGUACAUGUAA